UUGGCAACAUUGAACAAUCUCGAGUGAGAGAAAGAAGAGAGAGAGAGAAAAAAAAGACAAGAUAAUCAAGAAUCGUGGUUUAUUGAAACCCGAUCUUGUUCUUGGAAUUUUUUAAUAAUCAUAUUGUUAAAUUAACAAUAUUGUUAAUUUAAAAAUUAAAAAUGGUGGUUACAGAUAAAACAUAUAUUCCACCAGAUGAAGAAUUGACUGUUCAAGAAAUUAAUUUAUCAUGGCCAGUUCUCCAGGCAGCUUCUUUCUACCUUGGAAAAGCCUGUGAAUGGGAAAAUAAUGAAUUUAUGCUUUGUCGUACUGAAGAAAAAUGUGCAGUUAAAUGUCUUAAUGAAGGAAAAGCAGUAACAGCUUGUGCAUUAUCAUUUUUUCAAAAAUUGAAAAAAAAUUGUCGUCCUGAAUUUGAUCAGUACUAUAAUUGUAUUGAUAAAUCAAGUGGUGAAGGAGAUUUUACACCAUGUCGAAAAACUCAAGCUGUACUUGAUAAAUGUGUCUUGGACAAAAUGAAUAUUGAACGUCCUCCAUUUGGAUAUUUUUGUGAGGUAAAAGUACAUGAUACUAAAAGACCAAAACCAGAUCAAAAUAUAAAAGAAUAUCCAUUUAUUGAUAAAUUGCCUGAAGAUGCACCACUUCCAAAAGCAAGAUAUGGUGGUAGAUGGAUGUGGCAAAGUUAAACAACAUUCAAUAUGUUAUUCUUAUUUUAAUAAGAAUAUUUAUAUUAUAUUAUUAGUCGAGGUAUGCUGAAAUUAUCUGUAAAUUAUCAACAAAUAACUACAAAAUUUAUCUACAAUUAUUUGGUAUUUGAUUAUUUAUCAUAUUUUUUUUUUUUCUUUUGAUUAUACAGAUAAUUUCAUUGCUUGUUCAAACAUGUAUGAAUGUAUAAAAAUGAAUAAUAACAAGUAAAAGUUGUACAGACAUAAAUAAAAUCAUUUGUUUAAAUGUCAA